UGAUAUUAAAGCUUUUCGAACAGAAUUGUGAUGACAGGUCUUUUAUAAAAUGGUUAUUGGUUACAUGAUCUUUUAUAAAACGUUUAUUGGUGACAAUGUUUAAGGUGUCUACUUUGACACAACAAAUAGAAUUGUGAUGACAGGUCUUUUAUAAAAUGGUUACAUGAUCUUUUUUAAACCGUUGGUUACAUUGUAAUAGGUGUCUAUUUUGAACCAACACACAGAAUUGUGAUGACAGGUGUUUUAUUGGUUACAUGAUCUCAUAAAAAAAGCGUUUAUUGUUACAUUGUAUUAGGUGACUUCUUUGACACAACAACUAGAAUUGUGAUUGCAGAUCGUUUAUAAAACGUUCAUUGGUCAGAUGAUCUUUUAUAAAACGUUUAUUGGUUACAUUGUAUUAGGUGUCUACUAUGACACAACUAAAAGGAGCUGGGAGGAGUCCUCUCUAAACUGUCAGCUACUAGGAGUCUGGGAAAGAAGAAGUGUCAGCACAAAAGGAUUCAGUGUCCCGGCCUCGCCCUCUGGUUUCCGACAGGAUCAGUUUUUCUGGAUAGGAGCAACAGUUUAUCAAUCGCCAUGGUUUAAACUAUUAGGCUGCUUUGAAACCUACGAUGCAACCGAACAUAUUGAUUUUGAUGUGUUUCCCAUUCCAAAAAGCACAUCUACCUGCACUAUUUACUGCAGUCAAUUUUAUGGAAUUGCAGCAAUUGGUAUAUCGAAAAAAACAUGUUACUGUUAUACUGAUGUAGAAAAAUACCGCAAGAGAAAUGAAGAUUGUGUCUAUGAGGCUUUGCCAGAGAAUCCCAAUGAACUGUUUGGAGGACCCAAUGACGAAAGUGUGGUGGUGUACCAAUAUAUCAUACACAGUCCUUUCACACACGCCCCUGAUUUCGGUAAUUGUGCUGCCGUGAGAUAUCUAGGAUCACUUCCGGUACAUCAUCAGUUUACUUCCUGUCAGAACAGAAUUGGGUAUAUAUGUGCAGAUGGCCGAGUAUCAACUGCAGAAGUGACCUGGACAGAAGCUGUCAGACAGUGUGGUACUUUGAAGACUGACGUUAAUGGUCAUUAUACAGACUUGACUGAGUCCGUUAAAUAUCGUGCAUUUUGGACAGGAUUUCAAAGACAAAGCAAGGAAUACUGGAACCCUAUUGAUUAUGCCCUCACAACCAGCAACAACGUAUAUAGCAACAGUCUAGGAAGCAACAAUGUAUACAGCAACAACUUAGGAAGCAACAACGUAUUCAGCAACAGCCUAGGAAGCAACUCAGAUCAUAUUCACUGCGCAGCAGUUAAAGUAAAAGGAGAUGGAACUCUGUACCCCGUUAUUUAUCCACAAGUUUGCACAAAGAAAUUGCCAUCCUUAUGCGAAAAAUCAACAAAAGUUGAUGGUGGAUGGACAGAAUGGUCUCAUUGGAGUAAAUGCGAAGUUGUCAACGGACGUGGUAAAAGAACUAAAUCUCGCACAUGUACCAACCCCUCUCCACAACAUGGCGGAAAAUUCUGCAAUUUAGGAGAGGCCACUUAUGAAGAAAAUUGCACUCCACCUUCGGAUGAACUCUGAUAAGGGAAGCAAACGUAAAAUUGUAUAAAGGU